AUGUCAAGGUCGUCAUAUCAACUUACAAGACGCGAAAUUCAGGGAUUGAUUGACAUAGAUCAAAUUUCUAAGAAACGAUAUGAUUAUUCACUUAUUUUAAUUUGUUCAAGGCUAUUAUAUCGAAUUCAACUGAAAUGCUAUUUACAAGAUGGGAUCAAAGACUCGGAAAUCAACGAGAUCGUAACUCGUGAAACCGUUCUAAUUCAACGUUUAAAUUUGCUAAAAGGCUUGGAUGCUGGCAUAAUAUUUGAUUACUGUAAUCAACUGACAAGUGCUGAAAAACCUCUCGAAAUUAUGCGCAGCAUGCUGACCGGAGAAGAUCAUUCCCGCGAAGCUUCGAAGGUUAAACGUAUUUAUAAAAAUCUUGUGACUUUAAUUGAUGAUUUGCAAAUUGCAAAAAACAUGCCACCCGAACAAAGAGACGCCUCAAAUUCUAAGAGAUAUCUAUUCCGACAAAUUAAUUUCGCAAUUACCGACUCAUUAAUUUCUGAGGAUAAAGCUUUCAUUGAACCUCCAUUACCGCUUGUAUGGCUUCCAACAUUAACAAACCGAGAAAAAGUUACACAAAGUAAAACCUCUGCUUUUUCAUUACGCAAAAGAAAAGAAUUUACAACUAGUGGAAAAUUUCGAAAUCGAUUAUUACGAAUGUCACAUGUUCAAGCAAUUAUUGAAAAUUCGCGUGCGUUCGAUGCAACCAGUUCCGGUAAUGCCAUAAGCCUAAGAAAAAAGAAAAGAAUCGAAAAACCACAAAGAAAAUCAAUAAUCAUAGAUAUUGAAGAAUAUAAACACGCUAAUCGUCCUUCAUCAUUUGAACCUAAAGCAAACAUGGAGAACAAACAAGAUGUUAUGUCAAUUGAAUUUCUAGUUUCAAAUAGUGUGAUUCAAACACCAGAUCCACUUCCUUCUAUAAGUAACGUAUUAAGCAAUGCCCUACUUUCAAAUCACCGUUCGGCAUUUACGAGAAUUUUACCGAAGAAUACCUUGCCACGUGGUUAUAUGCAAUGCUGCAAUCAUAAUUUAAAGAAAAAUUUACGACAAUUGUGCUCAUGCAUACCCAUUAAUGCACCCCGAACUUCCUUUUAA